AUGCUGGCUUAUUAUCGGCAGGCGAUUGAUAGUUUGACCCCUCAGUCAGUUUGUUGGACUCCGUAUGGUCAGCGUCCUCAUCUGACGGCGAGACGUACCUUGUAUCAGGGCCUGUUCAGAUUUGCAGAGAUAGCAGAAUAUUAUGAUCCCACUAGGUGCCUCCGACAGUUAGGCUACGUGCAGAGUGUACUGUAUCCCCCGGAGCGUCCGCUUGUUGUGCGUCCACCUGCUUCCACGCUUGGAUACUCUCUUAGCUACCAGUCUGUUUAUGAUUCGUAUUGGAACAACUUGGGGGCGCAUAGUGUGCAUCUGGACCUUUUUUCUACUCCGAUACGACGUAGGCCAUGGGAGUUUGCUGAGGAUUACAUGGGGUGGUACAUUAGGCACUCGCACCCAAAUAUACUGAGUGACAGUCGACCUGUUCACGACAUCUCGGAUGCUGAUACAGUUAGUACAAUCAUAUUUGAAAUUAUUUGUAUUAAGUUAAAAAAAAUUUGA